AUGGGAAAACGAGUACGCCACUUCGUCGGAGUCGAAAGCUCAGAGCAGCUGGCCUUUAUCGAUGAGCUUCAGGAGCUUGGGCUGAGCAGCACAAUUAAUCUGCCAGAGCUUGUGGUAGUAGGAGACCAGAGUACCGGCAAGAGCUCGGUGCUCCAAGCCAUAACCGAAGUUUCGUUCCCAGUCAAGGACACUAUGUGCACUCGUUUCCCUAUUCAGAUUUCCUUCAGACAGACCUCCGCCUCCAAUAAAUACCCGGUUAAGGCUACUAUUGCGCCGGGACGACUAUCCGAGAAUGACGAGGCGCUUCUCAUUCGCAUACAAGACUUUACGAUUGAAAAGGAGGAGCUGACUUCGGAAGUGAUGGAAGAGAUCAUAGGUGAGGCAACGGAGUGUAUUUUCGGCGAACGGAAGCCAGGCAAGCAGUUGAGUCUGAGCGACGCCACACUCCGAAUUGAGCGGUCGGGCCCAGACGAGAUGCACUGGACGAUCGUCGAUCUCCCGGGUCUCAUACGGAAGGGCCAAAAGAGUAAGAAGCAAGAUCGUGUAGCAGAGGAAGAACCACAUGCGCAGCCUAAUGCGGCAGUUGCAUGGGAGCUGGCUCGCAGCUACCUAGCAAACGAACGGAAUAUUGUCUUGGUGGUUAUUGACAAUGUGGACGUGGAGCGGCACAAAACUUUUGAACUAAUUGAAGACGUACCGGGACUGGAAAGCCGAUGCAUUGGCGUGCUCACAAAAUGCGAUCGCAAGCAGGAAGGCUCCGAUGAUUGGAUGGUCAAACUCCUGCAGAAUGAUUUGCCUACUGUUCCUCACCUGGACCACGGCUGGUUCGGAUUGCGGAACAGGAUACCUACUGAGACCCAUAUCACAGACGCUGAGCGCGACGAACGAGAAACGAUCGAGUUCGCCCAAAAGGCUUGGGAGGGAGUGGCGAAGGAUAGGACAGGCAUACGAUCGUUGAUGAAAUACGUCGACAAGGAGCGGCGGUCCCAGAUUCAGUCAGGCCUCCCCCACAUCAUUGCAGAGAUCCGUCAGAAACUUCAGGACUGCGAAUCAGACCUUAACCGAAUGGGAGAGACCCGUGAUAGCCCUAAAGCCCAGCGAUACUUCGUCUUCCAAUUCUGUAACGAAAUGCAGAAAAUGGCGAAUGCGACUCUGAGAGGCCAAUAUCAAGAUGUACCGUCGGAGGAUCCGAGGAUCAUGCUUCGAUACCGAGUGCAGCGUCGUCUUGAUCAGUUCUAUAAAGAGAUGGUGAGCCCAGAUAACAUGCCAAUUCUAUUUUCGAGCUAUCAGGACGACCUGAAAAUACUCAGCUCGAUGAACCCGGAGGAGUGGGAAGAAAAAGUCAUGAAUGCCCCUGGUAUAUAUUCCGAGAUAUACAAGGAAGCCAAAAUCAGCGAGGGGCGCAGCCUUCCCGGGAGCAUCCACCCAGAUGUGGAGGAGAAGAUGUUCCGGAAGCUGUCAACACAUUGGGAGGGGAUUGCUCGAAGCUUUGUUGAAGAUGUGAAAGAUCUCGCCAAGAACUGCCACGAGGUACUUUUAAGGAUAGCCAUACCCAACAGCAAAGUGCGAUUGGAAGUGAGUCGCAUUGUUGGAAAGACGCUGGAAGAGUGGAACCAAGAUGCAGACACGGCUCUCCGCGAACUUAUCGAGGAUAAUCAAGCCCGGCCGCUCGUGACUCGCGACCCCACGUUGAUAUCUGAGACUAUAGCUGCAGAUAAGCAACGAGGCGAGAUCUUACUCGGCAAGAAGACGACAAUGGCCCAAUCUGUUGACCACGCAACAAACAGGGAGAGUGUGGGGGCCCCUAGCGAUUACGGCCCCCAGUCACGUUUUAUCUCGACUUUGCUGAGCCAGGUGCUUUUUGUCCGUGCAAGGCUGGAGUCAUACUACAAAAUUGCGCUGUACCGAUUCAUUGACAAUGUAGCGAUGCAAGUCGUCGAGCGACAUGUGCUAGGACCGAAAUGCCCCAUGCUCAUCGUCUCUGUCAAGACUUUUGCUAAUCUAGAUGACGGGGAACUGAAUACCGUUGCCGGGGAAGACGAAACGGAUAUUCGCAUGCGCGCGAGGCUGGAAAAGACGCGGUCUCAAUAUGUCCAGGCUCUUGAAAAGUGGGAGAGAUUGAGAGUACUUUAG